UAUUCAGCAGAUUGCCGUCUCAUCAGACCAUCAUGAGCCGGGAAUAUUUUAACAAUGGAUAUCAAAAAAGAAGUGGUUAUUAUAGAAGCGACAACCUUAACUCAGCGGAUUUUGAAACGUCGAAGGGCAUCAAAGUUUAUCCCUCGUUCGAGGAAAUGAACCUUAAGGAUGAGCUCCUGAGGGGCAUUUACGAGUUUGGAUUUGAGAAACCCUCGGCAAUUCAGCAGCGCGCCAUCAAGCCCAUAAUAUCAGGGCGGGAUGUCAUCGCACAGUCUCAAAGCGGGACAGGUAAGACUGCAACUUUUAGUAUCAGCGUAUUAGAGCGAGUAGACACAACCCUUCAUGAGACGCAAGCCCUAGUUUUAUCUCCGACUCGUGAGCUAGCGCAUCAAAUUCAGCGCGUGAUAUUAUCUAUAGGAUCUUCAAUGAGUGUUGACUGUCACUGCUGCAUUGGGGGAAAAAAUAUGGGCGAGGAUAUCCGAAAACUAGAGAACGGAGUUCAAAUAGUCUCAGGCACGCCAGGCAGAGUCUACGACAUGAUUAGGCGUCAGCAUUUGCGUACAACAGAGAUAAAAAUUCUCAUUUUAGACGAGGCUGAUGAAAUGCUGGGUAGAGGGUUUAAAGAUCAAAUAUACGAUGUAUAUAGGUAUAUGCCAAGAACGACUCAAGUGGUUUUGGUGAGUGCUACGCUACCCAGGGAAGUUUUAGAAAUGACAAGAAAGUUCAUGAACCAGCCUAUGAGAAUUUUGGUCAAAAGAGAUGAACUUACGUUAGACGGUAUCCGGCAGUUUUUUGUAGCGGUCGAGAAAGAAGAAUGGAAAUUUGACACACUGUGCGACUUAUAUGAUACAUUGGUCAUUACACAAGCUGUUAUUUUUUGCAACACACGCGUGAAAGUUGCUGAGAUUUCGAAUCGCAUGACUGAGGCUAAGUUUACGGUGGUGUCUAUGCAUGGAGAAAUGCAACAGCACGAACGAGAUGCUAUUAUGAAGAGAUUUCGAUCCGGUGAAGCACGUAUACUGAUUACGACAGACAUGUGGUCUCGUGGAAUUGAUGUUUCCCAAGUGUCUUUGGUCAUCAACUAUGAUCUUCCUCUCAAUCGAGAGAGCUAUAUUCAUCGUAUAGGGCGUUCAGGGCGAUUUGGCAGGAAAGGAGUGGCCAUCAAUUUUGUAAAGAGCGAUGAAAUUAGGAUACUUCGAGAAAUCGAACAAUAUUACAGUACGCAAAUAGAUGAAAUGCCCAAUUCCGUGACUGAGUUGAUAUGAAUAAAGCUCUGCGCAUGUUUUUUGGUUGUCGAAAGGUACAUCGGAAAUAUACGGCAUCAUGAAUUAAAAAAAGUAGGUAUGAAAAAUGGUGUUCAGCAUGUAGAUAAAUCUAGGAAAAUGGCAUGUCCACUUUAACUACGAGUAAAGAAGGGUUGAAUGACGCAGGAGGUGGUCAAAAUAAAGUCGUAGGAAGUGGUGGGUAUGCUUGAACUAGGAAUUUGCAGUGUUUUUUACGGUCUUGAUUGAAAGUUGUGGUGGAAAGAGAGAGAGGUGUGGUUUGAAUACGUACUCUUGCAAACAAUCGAAAAGCAAUGUUUUGAAUUCAGGUUUCGCGUUCGAUGCUUUUUUGUGGAUGAGACGACUUCAGAGGUGGUACGGUGUCAGAAGGUGUGGGCAUGAAUGUGGUAGGAAAGAAGUGACAGAUUUUUGACGUGAAAGUCAGCAGCGCGGUGGCUUAGCAAGGGUCUUGCUGAUGAAGAAUUUGAAGCAUGAGCGAGAGAGUGUAAAAAACAGUUUUAGAUAUGGGUUAUGAUAGAAGAAGAUUAAGGCAUGAGUGGUAAAUAUUCUGUUUGCGCGAAGAGGGUACGGAAGGCUGUUUGUGCAGGUUUUUUUUUUGAGAGAAAAUAGCAUUUGUAGCAUGCAAUGGACCGAGAAAGUGCAGUGCGUAUUCUCAGGCUCAUCAACGGUCUUUUUUUUGGCUGGUACAAAGAGUUCCAGUGCUAAGGGGAAUUGUUCGAGUGCAGAUAAAGCGAUGAACGGGUAUGCACACAUUCAUGUAUCAGAGGAGUUUAUAUACAUCAUAGAAAAUGCGUGUGACUUUUAUGUUGGUCGAGAGAAUUAUCGUUCUUGUUGACAUUUUUUUUGAGAUGACUGCACAUGGUGUUCUGCUAUUUCAGAAGGUCGUGGUGUUUAUAAAGUAGCUCGCGGCUGGUGCCCGGCGAAGGGAUGUGUGUCCUGUUAUCUUCCCGCCUGUUUUUCCAAAAAGGAAGAAUUGUCUAGGCCAUUCAGGGCGGCUGGGAUAGCAAAAAAUAAUGCAUCUGUUUUGGAAAAGUGCGUUCAGGAUGAAGGAGUAGAGUAGAACGCAUGACUCUUAAUGAGGCUGUUUUAGCGUCUUGAAGAUAUAAGGUUUGGCUGAGGAUGAUGCCCUGAAGAUCCGAUGCAGCCGAAACAAAUUUAUUUGGGGGUCUGAUCAUUGAUAAGGACGUAUUCUCGUGAACUUGCGCCGAAUCUUAAACAAUCCUUUUCCAGAAGUUGGUAGUAGCGCAUAUCAUCUAUUUUUGCGUCAUUUAAAUACGUUCCGUUGGUGCUUCCUAAAUCCAUGAUGUAAGGGUGAACUUGAUAUUGCUCUGCCUGCGUCUCCGGAUCACGCUUCAGUACCUGCCUAUGUACAAUUACGGCAUGCUGCAUCGAGCACGAUUGGUGGUCUAAGGGCACAUCCGCGAUUGACCGGUCUCGGCCGAGUAAAUAUACCGACUUCAGAUAUAAUUUGUAGUAAUCAAGCGGCUUGUUGUCCUUAAAUGGAUAAAGUCUCCAUUUUAAUCGUGGUAUUCUGGCUUCUUUAGGUACCGCAAAUUUCAAAACUACACCAUCUGUCGUCGUUCGAGCUUGUUUAGAUAGCAAUCCAGACGGCUUAAAAUUUGGAGACUCCUUAGGCACGGCGUUCUGCUCACUCUCUGGUUCCUCCUUUUGCUUGCCCCAAAUUUCUCUUUUGUUUUGAACCGUUCUGCGAUGCUCGACGUAUCGAGAAGAAUUGGAAAAAUUGUCUUCGUGACUCGAAUGCUGUCGGCUAGACCUAGCAUCGACGUCUCUCUCUCUGUAGCCCCUGUUCGAUUCAUAUCGUGGCGAUGAGGCGAGUUCGGUAGCGGAUUUGGAUAGAUCAACACUAUUCAAAAUAAACUUGUUCAUCCUUUUCACUUCUUCAGAGGUACGAUGCAUACCGUGUCCAGACUCGGACGAACUGAAUGGCCUAUCUGUAAUCUCGGCAGACUUGGACUGAGUACUAAAUGAAGAGCAUAUCGGAAUUUAGACGAUUCAAUUCAGAGGAAUUUGCCUAAAACACGUAUUCCACCUUCUCACUGUCAAAGUUUUUUUUUGCGUCUACAUACCCGCUAGGCGGGGAGUCUGCCCCUCCAGGCUUGUGUCUCUUUUUUUGAGGCGAAUCCCCAGAGCGAUGCGCGUCACCAUCCAAAACCAUAGAAGACAGAGAAGAACAAAGGUAAAAACAAAAAGCAAUCUUGGAAAAAGUGCGGUUUGAGUAAAAUUUUUUUUUUAAAAAUUCCAUUUGAAACGAUCAAGAAA